UGGGGACGCACUCGGGCACGUAAACAACUUAAAGAUAAAAACAAUCCCUGAAGACUGUUCUCAACGUGAGGGCGCUUCAAAGGAUAUAUACUUUUUUUGGUAUAAUUGAAAGGCCCCUAGCCCUUGGCAAUUCAGCCGAUCGUCUGCCUCGAAGCGACUCGGGUUUCCCAGAUGAAUUGUGAUAGAGGUGAAAAAAUGAUUGGCAAGAUUCUUUAUCAUCUCCUUGGAAAUUCCGCUGAAGACUUUGAAGCUGGUGAAGAAAGUUAUGAAGACCUGAUGGAGUUCGAGGAGGGAGGCUGGGUUAUAGUCAACGUCUCAGAGGACGUGACUCUGUCUGUGCCACUGGUGGACCCCCUGGAGAACCUGUUGAUUGAACACCCCAGCAUGUCUGUGUACCAGAGGAGAUGUGAGACCACCGAAGGAGAGGGUCUGGCCUCCGAUGAAGAAGGCGACACGGCCAGGUCAGUGGCGGUGCGGCGGCACAUUUCAUGGCUUCUGGCUGCCUGGGGCAUCCCCCUCACGAGUGCAGUCCAGUUUUUGGCACUCCAGCGGUCCCAGAGCCAGGGGGAGCGCCACAAGAUGAGCCGCAGCGCCCUCAACAGGCAGAACCUGGUCAAGACACGCUUCUCCCCCAGCGAGAAACGCUACGGAUACUUCAAGCAGCCGGGUCAGCGCCUCUACAACUACUAGAAGCCUGAUCCCUGGCCUGGUGGGUGGGGUGGGUUUUUGUGGUUGACCUGUCAAACAUGUGGAUUUACGGCACGGCACAGUGCUUUGACCCUUGACCCCGGGGCAAAUCGCUCAAUGUACUGUUGGAUAAUUUUUUUUUUUUUUACAUGAACGUACUUGGGUUUGCUAGCCAGAUUACAUCUAAAAACCUUUAUUGGUUAUGGUUACCAAAAAUUAUUAUGACACAAACGUUCCUUGUGUAUGCAUGAACAUGUUUGCCUCUUGUUGGUACACGGCAGUUUCACUCUUUCACCGUAUGCAUCAAAUGUUUUCGGGAACAUUGUAUGAGCCACGCUACCAAACAUACAAAACAACAGAAAUUAUGAUAUGUGAAGAAACAUAACUUGUCAUUUUAAUGUUUAAACGUCUUUGCAAUUAAAAUUAAUUCUGAUUAAAGAUUACAGAAUGUAUACCAUUUUAUAAUAUUCAGUGGAUUCUUAUUUUUAACAUGUUACAUCAUUGAAGCCUUUACAUAAUGUAUGAAAUUGUAUUAUGUACAGCCGUUUUGUAUUUGUGAAUAUUUAUAAAAAUGUACAAAAAAAAUCGAAUAAAUCUUGUUUUUUAAA